AUGUGGUCAGGUUGUGGUCAGGUUGUGUCAGGACAAGGCAGUGCACCAGAGAGGAAGCUGGGAAAUUCAAGUGUCGGUAUCGGUGGCGGCUCCUCGUCUCUGAUUCAGGAGUUGUACGAGUUGGAUACCGACGACAAGAGGAAAGAGUUCCUUGAUGACCUCUUCAGUUUUAUGCAGAAGAGAGGGACUCCAGUGAAUCGUAUUCCAAUCAUGGCCAAGCAGGUGUUGGAUCUGUACACGCUCUACAAGCUGGUCACAGAAAAAGGCGGCUUAGUGGAGGUCAUCAAUAAGAAAAUAUGGCGUGAGAUCACCAAAGGCCUCAACCUCCCUACCUCCAUCACCAGCGCAGCGUUCACCCUGCGAACACAGUAUAUGAAGUACCUCUACCCGUACGAAUGUGAAAAGAGGGGUCUGAGCUCCCCCGGAGAGCUCCAGGCAGCCAUCGACAGUAACCGCCGCGAGGGGCGUCGUCAGAGCUACGGGUCGGCCAUCUUUAACUAUUCUCCAAUGGGGACAACCUCCAUCGUCUCCUCCCCCAAGAUGAGCAUGCCUCACCUGGCCAUGUCCACCCUCAACGGAGCACAUGUGACCCAGGGACACAACAUCAAGAAAGAGGAUAGUCUGAUGGCGGGUUGUCUGUCGGGUCGUGUGGGGGGGAUGCCCAUGUCUCUGGGAGGUCACCCCCAAGCCGUGGCAGCUCAGGCGGCCGCAGCGGUACAGGCUGCAGCGUUGGAGCAGCUGAGGGAGAAGCUGGAGAGCGGGGAGCCGCCGGAGAAGAUGGUGAUGGCCGAGGAGCAACAGAGACUCAUGCAGCACGCGGUGCAGCAGAACCUCCUCGCCAUGGCAACACAGCUUCCCAUGAACAUCAAGAUCAACAACCGAGCUGAGCGGAUGAGAGAUGAUAGACAAGAGACUCCAUUGAACCUGUCUACCAGCGGCAUUAGCAGCAUCAACAUGUCAAUAGAAAUAGAUGGAGUUGUCUACACAGGUGUUCUGUUUGCCAGGAAGCCCUCUCUCCCUACGAUGCUGGGUGGUCACCGGGUCCAGAACCAGAAUGACACCUUCUCUCAGGGAAAGAGCAGUCCGGGGAUGAACUCCUCCUCCAUACAGAUCCAACCGUCCUGCUCCUCCUCCUCCUCCUCUACAUCCUCGGUCCACGGACAUGGAAACUCCUCCCCUUGAGCUGAGUCCCACCCCCAGCUCCACCCCCUAAACCCCCACGCCCAUCAUUCCCCAAAGACAACAAGCGGUCUAAAAUACCAGGAGAAAAUACUUCAAUUGUUUUUGAAGGUGGCUUUUCCCUUCCUCCUCCUCUUCCUCUUCCUCCUCCCUUUUCUCAAACUCCCUUAUUCCAGUUGAAAGAAUUAAAAAAUUUAAAAAAUGAUUUACUGAGAAAAUACUUCUGUAGAAAAUGAAAAUUCUCUCGCUCUAUUCUUUUUCCUUCCUCUGAACUCUGACCUCUGAAUGGUAUGUAAAGAGGACCUCUGAACCACGUGUGUAUGCAGAUGAAGUCUGCUGUCUUUUUUUGUGUUUCCUGAGAACAGCUGCUCAGUUUGGAGCAGUGUAAACAUAUAGGUAAAGAUAUAUGGUGACACAUCAUUAGACGCAAGGAACUGUGGGACAAAGACACUGAGAGAAUGAGACAUGUUGGCUCUCUGCUGUCUGACUGUCUGCCUGUCUGCCUGUCUGCCUGCCUGCCUGUCUGUCUGUCUGUCUGUCUGUCUGUCUGUCUGUCUGUCUGUCUGUCUGUCUGUCUGUCUGCCUGUCUGUCUGCCUGUCUGUCUGUCUGUCUGUCUGUCUGUCUGUCUGUCUGUCUGUCUUCUCUCCUCCAACUGAAGAGAGAAAUGCUUGUUAAUCUGUAGCAGGGUUGGGGUCAAUUCCAUUUUAAUUUGUCAAUUCAGAAAAUAAACCAAAAUUCUAAUUCCACAUUUUCCUAAUUGAAAAGCAUUAAAGAGAAUUAUCAUUCAGUGUACAUCCUGAGUUGGCUGGAAUAGAAAUGGAAUUGACCCCAACCCUGAUCUGUAGUAUGGCUUGUUUGAAGCCUCUGCUAGGCAUGGGAGGCCAUUUUAUUGUCACUCAAAUAUCUUUUGUUUUCUUGUUGUUUUUGAUCACAAACCAGAGAAGAUUGCUACUUUUAGCUAAUAACCAAAGAAAAACAAGAGUAACCAAUGAAAACGAUAACAUACACAGACAGCACAGAUACAGUAGUGGAACCAAUGACCAAACUAAAGAUAUACUCUAUAUCACAAGUAUAUUUCUGACAAAGCACAUCCUAACAAAGCACAUCUCACAGAAUCAGGGAAACGUCAUUUCUUCUUUCUUUUAGAGAGGAAAAUAUCAUGUUAUCUAUUGAAGCUGGUUCCCGCUUUGAUCAAUCGAUGCCGCUAGCCAUCAACACAUUGUUUAAUGCUGUGGGACAAUAGCUAGAGCGUCAAGACAUGCCUUCGUCAGUAAAGGGGUAAACCAAAAUAGCCUAGUAGCCUAGAGCGUUCCCCACUACCGGUCCUGGUCAGAGCUUCUUAACUAACCCUUCUCACAGAAGAGAGAUUGCACGAUGGCUCUGAUUAAAUCUGAUAUUGCAACACAUUCGACAUUGAUUUAAGCUCACACUAGUAUGAAUAAUUGAUUACCAGUGAAGUUUGUGGUGAAGGCGUUACUUUGCAAUCAGACGGGAAACAUACCUGCUGGUAGGACAAUCCCCUGGUGGGGUGGUUCUGGUUAACCAAAGUCCUGGGUUCCCCAUCUGUAGACCACUUCAACAUAUUACUCUGCAGAAGGAGAUAUGUGGGUAGAACAGAUACUAUGUGGGUUAAACAGAUACUAUGUGGGUUAAACAGAUAAUAUGUGGGUAGAACAGAUACUAUAUGGGUUAAACAGAUACUAUGUGGGUUAAACAGAUAAUAUGUGGGUAGAACAGAUACUAUGUGGGUUAAACAGAUACUAUGUGGGUAGAACAGAUACUAUGUGGGUUAAACAGAUAAUAUGUGGGUAGAACAGAUAAUAUGUGGGUAGAACAGAUACUAUGUGGGUUAAACAGAUAAUAUGUGGGUAGAACAUAUACUAUGUGGGUUAAACAGAUAAUAUGUGGGUAGAACAGAUACUAUGUGGGUUAAACAGAUAAUAUGUGGGUAGAACAGAUACUAUGUGGGGAGUACAGCAGAAUGAGGCUAUAGGUGUUGGAGUACUAAUGUAAUCAUCAAUAACUCAGUGGGUUUAUUUUGUGACUAGCAUCCCCUUCUUUCUUUGGAAGUGCACUUGUGUCUGACAUUGGAGAGUUUCUCCAUACUCACUAUUUUGCUCUCUUUGUCCCUCCCUCUCUCUCGCUCUCUGUUUCUCCCUCCCUCUCUCUUUGUCCAUUCCUCCCUUUCUCUCUCUCUCUUUGUCCCUCUCUCUCUCUCUCUCUCUCACUCACUCUUUCUCCCUCCCUCUCUCUUUCUCACUCCCUCUCUUUGUCCCCCUCUCUCUCUAUCCCUCUCUAUCCCUCCCUCUUUGUCCCUCCCUCCCUUUCUCUCUCUCUCGCUUUGUCCCUCUCUCUCUCUCUCUCCCUCUUUCUCCCUCCCUCUCUCUUUGUCCCUCCCUCCCUCCCUCUAUCUCUCUCACCCUCUCUCUUUCUCCCUCCCUACCUCUCUUUGUCCUUUCCUCCCUCUCUCUCUGUCCCUCCCUCCCUCUAUCUCUCUCUCUCUCUGCUUCGCGUCAUAAGAUACUGUAUUUUUUGUUGUGAAUGGGAAAUGGGAAACAGUUUGAAGAUAUAGAUUUUUUUUAAAGUCUGUUAAACAUAUAAUUUCAAAUUGUAUUUAUUUUGUUUUUUUUAAUGUUUAGAUCAGGGUCUGUAACCUUGCAUUCAUCUAUACCACUUUAUAUUUUGAAACACUUUUUAAGAGUAUUUUCUAACACAGACAGACAGAUACCUCUUUACCGCUCUCUCUCUCUCUCUCUCUCUCUCUCUCUCUCUCUCUCUGUAUAUAUAUAUAUAUAUAUAUAUACACAGAGUUGAUUCAAAAUAUACCUCACAUAUUUAAUUUCUAUUGUUUUUAUUGUAAAGCCACUUGAAAAUGUGUUUUUGUUUCAACAGAUCACUGGAUAUUUCAUAUGUUGUAUAGUUAUACCAAAGAAGGGAAUAUUGUAUGAUCACACAUCUAUCUACCUCAUUUGUUAUAGACUGUGCCAACCAUACAUGAACGCGAGCACAAUCUUAAUAGCCAGUUUCUACGUUUAGCCUUUUUUUGUCUCUUCGGUCUAUACACACACACACACACACACACACACACACACACACACACACACACACACACACACACACACACACACACACACACACACACACACACACACACACACACACACACACACACACCCUCUGACACACACACACACACACCCUCUGACACACACACACACACGCACGCACGCACACACACACACACACACAUUUGUUUAAAGACAAAAUGUAUUACGACAGAACAAAACGUACGUGGGACCGUUUAGGUCGCGUAGGAAGCAACCUCUUCACAAUGCUGGUCUGUUUGUUUUUUGUUGUUUUUUUUUUAUGGGAAAUGCCAGGAUUAUUUAAUGUACACAAUAUAGUACAGCUCUUGUCUGUUAUUGUGUUGAUAUAGAGGGUAAAGAAUUUGUAAUAUAUCUUGUAACUUAAUGUCAUAUUAAAAGGUAACAAUGCUCAACUGUAAUGUCACAAAGUAGGAAGCCCUGCGAGGGGCAAGUCAGCCACUGAAAUGAAUAGAGUCAGUUCUGGUUAUUGAAGGUGGUUGUAAUUCUGUUAUUAAUUCCAGUGUUUACUUGAAAAAAAAUGAGUUCUUCAGGAAAUCAGGCCUUGAUGUGGAUGUAGUAAAAGGUGUUCAGAUAUACAGUAUAAGAUAUACAGCUAUGUUCCAAUGUUUAUACUAGAAUACCACUCAGAAUGUCAGAACCAUAGAUCACAUUGCUACAUUCUUCAGCAGUAUGAUAGUGUCGACAUUGGGGUGGGACUUAAAAAGAGCAGAAGUGUCUGUCAUAACUAUGUCACUUCCUGUGGAGGCAUUAUCUAUCCAGUGCUUUGAUGCAGUCUGCCACUUCAAAACCAUCCGGUCGACCUCUUUUCUAUCUAUCUUCAGGGUGGCUGUUAUUGAAUUUUAUUUUUUACAUUUAAUUGAUGUUUAUUUCAUUAUUAUUAUUAUUAUUUUAUAAUCUUCUACACUGGAGGGUGCAUACAAGAACAAUUACAACUUAAAUUCAUGUCGGUCCUUCACUAUUUUAUUUAAAUCCAUGUUGUGUGAUUGCACUUCUUGUACAAAUAUAAAACAUCUCAGCUCUGGAGGCGAUACAAUUCAAACAGUUAGCCAAUCAUUGAGCAGUGAAAUUGCCGACUGUGAAACAAGACCACAGUACAAUCAUGUAAAUCUUGUAACCAAAGACAUUUUUUAAAAACAGCGAGAGAUUAACUUCGUUAAAGGAAAAGACACCCAAUCACAGAGAAGAAAGUUUGAACCCCCCCUAAAAAAUAAAGCACCAGCAUACUGGCUUAACCGUCUCUCUGGAUAAGAGCGUCUGCUAAAUGACUCACAUGUAAAUGGAUAAAUAAGAACGAAAACGAGUCUCACUUAUGUACUUAUUACUUAAAUGACAUGUUGUUUACUUAGUAUUUUAGCUACGCUGGUAGAUUUUAGAUCAUAUAAUGGCUUUAUUCACUGUGUAGGAAACGUUCAAUAUUUCAUUUCUUUGUUUCCUUUUUGUCCAUUUUGGAUGUGUCCAGUGUGUUAUGGGAAUGCUCAGGGGUUGGAAACAUACAUUCGACAGGUGAAAGAGAUGUUUUGUUUUGCCAUUUGCUUGUAGCAUAUUUAGAAAUAAAAUACAGCUUCUAACUUCA